GGAAUUGACACUGAAAAAUGGUGGUGUUUUUGCCUACUAUAUACACAUACCACGCAGCCAAUUAGCUUCAUUUGUCAAUGUGGCGGGCUUUUGCGCGACUACCUAGAGCAUUAGAGGGUGGGACAGAAGUGGUGCAACAAAUAACGCUGACGCAGCAUUUGCCACCACAUUCCAACGUGAGAAAUUUCUGCAGCACGUAUUACCGUAAGAAACACAACCUCCAACCCAUCAUCAUGACCAGCAGUUCGAAGCCAAAGGUUGUGUUUGUUCUCGGAGGCCCCGGUGCUGGCAAAGGCACACAAUGCUCCAAAAUCGUGGAUCGUUUCCUCUUCACGCACCUUUCCGCGGGCGACUUACUGCGGGAGGAGCGUUCGCGUGAGGGCUCAGAGUUCGGAACGCUAAUCGAGGAUUACAUACGUAAUGGGAAAAUCGUGCCCGUUGACGUCACGUGUUCGCUUCUGGAAAACGCCAUGAAAAACUCAGGUAAAUCGCUAUUCCUCAUCGAUGGCUUCCCACGCAACCAGGACAAUCUGGAUGGCUGGAAUCGUCAAAUGUCCGAGAAGGUAGACAUGCAAUUUGUGCUCUUCUUCGACUGCGACGAGGAGGUGUGUGUAAAGCGUUGUUUGAACCGAGGCCAGGGUGGCUCUGGACGCUCGGACGAUAAUCUGGAAAGUCUAAAGAAGCGCAUACAGACUUACAACAACGAUUCGUUGCCCAUUAUCAAGCACUUUGAGGGCGCUGGCCAGGUGAAGAAGAUCGAUGCUAGUCCAGAUGCAGAUAAGGUCUUCAGUGAGGUCGAACGCACGUUCCUCUCCAGCGGUUUCUAGAUGCCAAACGAAGACCUCCUCCAACUGAAAUGUUAUCUCUUCAGCUGAUUGUUUAA